AGCCCCACGCGGGGCGGACCGAGGCCGGAAGGGGAGCUGGGCGGUUCAGGGGAGCUGCGAACAGCUCUGCUCUGGAGAAGAGCGCCAGGGCUGGGCACCGGGUCACACAGCUGCAGACAGGAGCCUGCACAGCGCAGGCUGUGUGUUCCGGGGGCGGCGGCGUCCUGGCUGCUUCCACGGGAGCUGUGGGGAGAGCUGUGCGCUUUUCCAGAGGGGACCACAGCGGGACCUGCCCGGUCACUCGAGAACACGCAGGAAGCUGGAAGUGUUCUCUGGAACUGAACUCGGCCAGGAAGAAACGGAAGCAGCCAUCCCGUCCUCCCAGGACUCACUGCCCAGUAAAAUUCAAGUCGCCUUCCUGGCCUCUGCACAUCGCAGCAGCCAGUGGCCCAGGGUCAGCUCCCCUCAUUAUGGUCACAGACAAGGGGACCUCAGUCAGCCUCAACCUCACAAGCCAGGUCCAAGCACAUGCCAUCCCCUCCUCCCGUCACACCACGGGGCCAGCUGUGUGGGACCCUGGUGGAUCCUCGAGAACAGCGUCCUUAACUGCGAGACACGGCGAGGCCUGGGAGCCCAGCUUUAAGGAAGGUGAGGAGUUCGGAGGACAGUGA